UGAAAGCCAAGAGUUUCACAAGCGUACGUGUAUAAAAGGAACAGCUUCGUUGGACAAAGUAUUAUUUCCCAUCAAGCAAUCAUGGCAUUCAAGUUUCUCGUGUUCGCUGCCGUAGUAGCUGUCGCUAGGGCUGGAGUCGUCGCCGGACCCGCCGUCGUCGCUCCUGGAGCUCACCUGGGAUACGCCGGAUACGCCGGAUACGCUGGAUACGCCAGAGGACUCGGGUACGCCGCCCCAGUAGCCCAUGUGGCCCAUGCCCCUGUUGCCUACGCCGCCCAUGCCGCCCCUGUCGCUUACGCCGCCCAUGCCGCCCCUGUCGCUUACGCCGCCCAUGCCGCCCCCGUCCUCGCCAAGACCGUCGUCGCUGACGAAUACGACCCCCAUCCCCAAUACAGCUACGCCUACGAUGUCCAAGACGCUUUGACCGGAGACUCCAAGAGCCAACACGAAACUCGUGACGGGGACGUCGUCCACGGAAGCUACUCCCUCUUAGAAGCCGACGGAACCCGCCGUACCGUCGACUACACCGCCGACCCCGUCAACGGAUUCAACGCCGUCGUCCACAAAGAAGCCGCCGUCGUUAAGGCCGCCGUUGCCGCCCCCGUCGUCGCUAAGGUCGCCGCCCCAGUCGCCUACGCCGCUCCCGUCGUCGCUAAGGUCGCCGCCCCCGUCGCCUACGCCGCUCACGGUUAUGCCGCUCCUCUCGGAUACGCUUCUCACGUCGGCUAUGGAUCUCCCGCUUACUACCAUCACUAAGUCCUAAUUUGUAAAUUUAUUUAUAACAAUAAAAACACAAAGAAAUA